AUGUCAAGUAUGCCGGCGAUGGUAACGGUGCCAGCCACGUCUGCCCGCGACUUCUUCCUACACCGGCGUCUCCGUUCGGGCGAAUCCGUGCCCAAGACCAAGUGGAAGCCCAGCAAGUACAACUGCCCGGAUUGCGAGCGGACCUUCGACAUCCGCGCCAGUCUCGUGCGCCACCGGACAUACGAGUGCGACGACGGCACCAACCAAAACAAGCAAAGCACCACCACCACCAGCACCAACGUGGCCGGCAAACACGAUCGCAAAAGGCAGACCAGAACUUUGCGCAAAAAAGUCGCUCCCAAGGAAAACGAGCAACUUACCACCAUCAAGACCAAAAUCAAACGGUCCUUCACUUGCUCAAAGUGCAACAAGAGCUACAAGUUUUUCACUUCCCUGUGGCGGCAUCGUAACUACGAGUGCGACGUCCAGCCAAAAUUCGCAUGCAAGUACUGCGCGUCCAAGUUCACGCAGAAAUCUAAUCUCGACCGGCACUUGAGAGCCAAGCAUCCGAACGCGGAUGAUUCGCAAUCUCCCAUCCAUCCAAUCCAAGCACAUCGACAACCACCACCUGAUGUAUCUUCGCUCAACCGGUCAUAUGUAUUUUCAGGCUUCGUCGACAAUAUACCACCGAUGCAACAACGGACCAACUCUUUAAGCUCAUGGCAGUGCCAGCAGUGCGGCAAGUCCUACUCCUUGCGCCAAAAUCUGAUGAAACACGUCCGCUUCGAAUGCGGCGGUCGCAAGCACUUUGGGUGCCGGCUCUGCUCGUCUCGCUACACUCAAAAGGCCAGUCUCGCGCGACACCUGCUCAAUCGACACAAUUACGACCUGAGAAAGCACAAGCGGAAAUAA